GGCGUCGCAGGCGGCACUCGAGGCGGCCGUGGCCGAGACAGUGGCCGCGCAGGCGCGCCGGCGCCGCCUGGUGCAGGCGGAGGCAGAGGCGCGGCGCGCGCGCAAGGAACGGCGGCGCACCGAACAGGAGCUGGCCGAUGCCGAGGACCGGCGCGACCUGGCCGCCGACCGGUUCGACCAGAUGCAGCGAGCAUUGUCCUCUGCGCUUCUGGAGCUGGAGAAGAAGACGACGAAUUACCGCAAGGCCGCCACCAUGCUCAGGACUUAUAUGGGCAUUGAGGUACGCAAGUCCAGCUCCUCCACUGAGGGCGUAGCGGUGCGCGUCAUCACGCUCACCCGUGUCGACGACGCCGACCCGGAGAGGCCGUUCCACAUUCAGUACUCAUCUGACGACCACCAGCUGAAGCUGAUGAAGACCAAGCCGUCGAUCGGCGACCUGACAGACCUGCAGGAGGCGCUGGCAGCGGGCGGCGACCUGGGCGCCUGCAUCGCGCAGAUUCGUGCCCGCUUCCGCCUGGUGGUGCGCCAGCAGGCGGCGCGGCGUCAGAGGCGGGCGGCGGCCCGCUCCGCCGGCCCGGCCGGCCAGCCGCAGCCGGCCGUCGUCACGUAAGGCGGGCGCGGCCUCACGCUGGAUACGGCUGACGAGACGGACACCAAAUGCGCCGUGUGUGGUGCUGGUCUCACGUGGUGAUCGUGACAGCGGUUUGGCCAUGUGUGACGGUUCGGCUGGCGGGACGGCGGUGGCCGUCAGGGCCGAUGCUGGAUCUGAAACUGGGGGCGGUGGCGAGCACGGCUGAUGCCUGUAAAGCCGAGCACGGCCGAUGCCUGUGGUGCCGAGUACGGCCGCCACCGUGUGGUGCCGGGUACGGACGAUGUCUGUGGAGCCUAGUACGGCCGAUACCUGUGGUGCCGAGUACGGACGAUGCCUGUGGUGCCGAGUACGGCGAUGCCUUUGGUGCCGAAUAUGGACGAUACCUGUGGAGCCUAGUACGGCCGAUACCUGUGGUGCCGAGUACGGCCGAUGCCUGUUGUUCCGAGUACAGCCGCCGCCGUGUGUUGCCGAGUACGACCGACGCCGUGUGGUGCCGGGUACGGACGAUGUCUGUGGAGCCUAGUACGACCGAUACCUGUGGUGCCGAGUACGGACGAUGCCUGUCGUGCCGAGUACGGCGAUGCCUGUCGUGCCGAAUAUGGACGAUACCUGUGGGGCCGGGUACGGCCGAUACCUGUGGUGCCGAGUACGGCCGAUGCCUGUGGGGCCGAAUAUGGACGAUACCUGUGGUGCCGUGUACGGACGAUGCCCGUGGUGCCGAGUACGGCCGAUACCUGUGGUGCCGGGUACGAACGAUGCCUGUGGUGCCGAAUAUGGACGAUGUCUGUGGUGCCGAGUGCGGAUGAUGCCUGUGGUACUGAGUACGACCGACGCCGUGUGGUGCCGAGUACA